ACGAAAUUUACAUGCCUUCCUUGUCAGUUGAAUCACAUGUUACAUCAUAUUAAAUUAUAAAGGACAGUGCCAUGUGUAAGUCGCCAGUAUAUGAAAUGUUCGUCUGGAAAUUACACAAUGAUAUAUUCUAUAUUUAUUUUCUUUCUCAUUCCUCGUAUCAAUGCAAUGACUGUGGAUUGCAUUAAAGAGGCAAAAAAGCAUUGUCCUAGUUUUGUGCAUCCUGAUAAAACUGAUGAAUACUGCAGAACUUUCGGGGAAUUUGAAAAAUGCUUCAAAACACUUGAUAUAUAUUGCUUUGAACGGUUCCAAACCAUACAUUUUCAUAAUUGUUUGACUGUACCGAAGAGGAACAGCUUCCGCAACACAGUUUCUACUGGUCCUGCGUCUUCACCAGCCAGUAUUCACAACAGCCACUUACUAUUCGCAACUGUUGUUGUAAUUCUGUUACUCACACAUACAUAAGUAUCAUUAUACAGGUAUGUAUGUGUGUUAUUUUGAAGACGUUAUUCAAUGAGAUGAGCAGUAAAAGUGAAGUCCGAAUAUUACAAGAGAUCAGUUUCGCUACAGAUGUCUACAAUUUUAUAUGUGACUUUGAGGAUAACUUUUAAUAUUCUACACAGUAUGCUUUAAGUGUAGAUUAAAAUGUAGAUUAAAAUAA